UUUCAAGGUAACUGAGACUUCUGAUGGUGAUUAUUUAUUUCGAUGUUUCGAAUGAAAUAUCAAUGCAAUUUACACAAUUAUAUGGACUAACUUAUGUUCAAUGGAAAAUAGGAUUGCAUUGGUGCUAUUGAUGGCACCCAUAUAAGUGCCAUCGUACGUAGGUCGGAAGAGACACGUUAUCGUAAUCGAAAGGGUAUGAUCACACAGAAUAUUAUGUGUGCAUGUUCAUUCGACAUGCGAUUCACAUUUGUGUAUGCGGGUUGGGAGGGGAGUGCACAUGAUGCAAGGGUAUUGGAUGCAGCAAGAACCAAUGAUAACUUAGGGUUUCCUCAUCCCCCAUCAGGCAAAUAUUAUAUUGUUGACUCGGGCUACGCCAGUCAACUGGGGUACUUGGUGCCAUUCCGAGGACAACGGUAUCCCUUGCAAGAUUAUGGUGAAGGUAGGCCUGGACCAAGGACAGCUAAGGAAUUGUUCAAUCAUAGACAUUCGUCACUGCGGAAUGUUAUUGAGAGAACAUUCGGUGUAUUGAAAAAUAGAUUCCACAUAUUAAAAAGUAUGAAGGCGUACGAUAUUGAAGAUCAGUCAAGAAUCGUGGUCGCCUGUUGUGGGCUCCACAAUUACAUUAAGGAACAAGCUAUUCAAGAUCAGUUGUUCAAUGAGCUUGGAAGUGAACAACAAAUUGAUGACCCAAUGAAUCCUGAUACUCCUGCGUACCAUGCUUCCGCAUCUGAUGUCUCCCAGCGACUAUCUGCAAGACAAAUGUCUAUAAUGCGUCUUAAUAUAGCCAACCAACUGGCAAUUUCAAGGAGAAUGUCUACAAUUUCGUUAAAUCGAUCCUGAACUUUUGGUAAAUGAAUUUUUUAUGUAUUAAAAGGUAGACGCAG